AUGUCUGAAACAACGAACACCAACGAAGAGAAGAAGAAACCUCCUCUGAAUGGGAGAAGAGCCCUCCCACCAAACAACUCCAAUGAUGAAGAAAAUGAGGUCCCUGAGAUGGAGGCUUUUGGAUUGAUACCUAGAGGAUUUAAUCCAAAAGAUUAUCUCCGUGUUGUGGACAUUCAUAUGUUCAAGGAGCCCCAUGAGAUUAACAAGCAGCAGCACCACACUGACAAGUACUACAGCCCCAAGCUGAUAGUGCGCCGGGGACAGCCUUUCCAAAUCCAGAUUGACUUCAACCGACCCUACAAGCCAGAGACGGACCAAUUCUGGCUGGAGUAUUUGAUAGGUCGCUACCCACAGCAAAACAAAGGCACCUACAUCCCAAUCCUAGUAACUGAUGUGCUGCAACCUGGCAAAUGGGGAGCCAAGAUUACCCACAAGGAGAACAACUCCAUUCGCCUGUCCAUCAUGUCCUCUGCCACCUGCAUCGUUGGGAAGUUUCGCCUGUACGUUGCUGUCUGGACUCCCUUUGGCAUCCUCCGGACACACAGGAACUCGACAACUGACACUUACAUCCUGUUUAACCCCUGGUGCCAGCAGGAUGCCGUGUAUCUGGAUGACGAGAAGGAAAGGGAAGAAUACGUCCUGAAUGAUGUUGGUAUUGUUUUCCAUGGAAACAUCAACGAGAUAAAAUUAAGAAGCUGGAGUUACGGUCAGUUUGAAGAGAACAUUCUGGAUGCUUGCCUGUUUCUGAUGGACAAGGCAGAACUGGAGCUCUCUGGGCGCGGAAACCCGAUCAAAAUCUGCCGUGUUGCUUCUGCAGUGAUCAACUCCAGGGAUGAUAAUGGUGUGAUCGCUGGAUCCUGGGACAAUACGUACACUUACGGGGUUGCACCUUCAGCCUGGACGGGAAGCGUGGACAUUCUCUUGGAGUAUUACAGUUCUAAGCAACCAGUGCGAUACGGCCAGUGCUGGGUCUUUGCCGGUGUCUUCAACACAUUUCUGAGGUGCUUGGGGAUACCUGCAAGACUCGUUACCAACUAUUCUUCUGCCCAUGAUAACAACGGCAAUUUACGGUUGGACUUCUUUCUGGAUGACGAAGGGAAAGUGGACACCAAACUUACAAAAGACUCUGUCUGGAACUAUCAUUGCUGGAAUGAAGCAUGGAUGACCAGACCUGAUCUUCCUGUUGGUUUUGGAGGAUGGCAGGUUGUUGAUGGGACACCUCAAGAAACCAGUGAUGGUAUGUACAGGUGUGGCCCAGCCUCAGUACAAGCCAUUAAACAUGGUCACGUUUGCUUCCAAUUUGAUGCUCCUUUUGUCUAUGCUGAGGUGAAUAGUGAUAUUGUUUACUCAAGAAGGGAGAAAAAUGGAACCCAAGUGAUAGAAAAAAUUGACACAACGCAUAUUGGGCAGUUGAUUGUGACCAAGGAAGUUGGGGGUGAUGGAAUGAUGGAGAUUACUGAGGAGUACAAGUUCCAAGAAGGCUCACAGGAGGAGAGACUGGCUCUUGAGACUGCUGUGAUGUACGGUGUUGAAAAGCAAACUACCCAAAAUAUUGCGUAUCAGCCACAGACGGAUGUUGACAUGGACUUCCAAGUGCAAAAAGCAGUCCUUGGCAGUGACUUUAAAGUCACUAUAACUUUCAGGAACAAAAGUCGCAACUACUACACUGCCACUACAUACCUUUCAGGCAACAUUGUGUUUUAUACAGGAGUCACAAAAAAUGAAUUCAAGNNNNACUCUUUCAGUGCAAAACUGGAACCCUCUUCACCUACAUCUUUUGAUGUUGUGAUCAAAUCAAGCGAGUACCUGAGUGACCUGCUGGACCAAGCCUCCUUUCAUUUCUUUGUGACGGCACGGAUCAAUGAAACGGGGAAGAUUCUGGCCACACAGAAAGCGACAGUCCUGGAAAUUCCCACCCUGAGGAUCAAGACCCAAGGUGAGACGGUAGCUGGUAAAGAAAUGUCUGUGACUGUGGAAUUCACCAAUCCUCUGAAACAAACCCUGGAGAAUGUCACGCUCCGCCUUGAGGGACCCGGUGUGCUGAGAACAAUGAAAAAGGAGUUCAGGCAAAUCCCAACAAACUCUACCUUGAUCUGGGAAGUAAAAUGCAUCCCAAAACGACCAGGGUUACGAAAGCUGAUUGCAAGCCUGAAUUGUGAUGCUUUGAGGCAUGUGUAUGGUGAGCUGAAUGUCCAGAUUCAGAAACCAUGA